UAUGUUUCAAUGUUAACAGCCAUUGAAGUGAUAUUGAUAACUAAAACAUGGGCCCUCGAAUCUACAAGUGGGUGUUCAAUAACAAACUUCUUAUAUUGUUAGCGACGGCAGCAUUUUGCCUAUUAAUUUCUACUUUAGUUUUGUCAAUACAAAAUAGAAACCUUAAAAGAUCAAUACGACUCAACAGUCAGGUCAUCGGUCAAAAAACGAAUAGAAAAAUACUUCAACGAAUAAAUACGAGUAUGCCAGAGAGUACCAGACUUUCAAAAUAUGUAAUACCUACCAAUUAUAUUUUAAAACUAUGGCCUGAUAUUAAAAAUAAAACUUUUGAAGGCAAUGUUUCAAUCUCGCUUAAUGUUUUAAAAUCUACGGAUUUAAUAUAUUUGCACGCAAAGGAUUUAAACAUACUUGAAGUUAAAUUGAAAAACUUCUACAACGAAACUAUAUUAAUUACGUCUACUAAUAUAUUAAAUGCUGCAGAAGUUCUUCAGGUGAAUUUGCAAAAUGAAAUAAAACCUAAUGCGAAUUAUAAGCUUGACAUUAUGUUUUCUGGAAGAUUAGACGAAGGAAUCGUAGGAUUUUAUGAAAGUACAAUGAAAAAUGGAGACACUAUGGUAGCAAGUAAAUUCCAGCCGACUUAUGCUCGCCAAGCAUAUCCGUGUUUUGAUGAGCCAGAAUUCAAAGCCACAUAUGAUAUUACAUUGGUGAAACCUGUGGACUAUAUGGCACUUUCUAAUAUGAAUGAAAUAUCUAAACAGACAGAUUCUUCCACUAACACUGAGUCCGUCACUUUUGCGACCAGUGUUCCAAUGUCAACGUACCUAGCAUGCUUUGUCAUUUGUAACUUUGAUCAUAAAGAAGCUGAAAUCAUAGCUAAUGGUAUUGGAAAUAAUUUCAAAUUGAGAUCAUUUGCACAAAAGGAUCAAACUCACAAGAUUGAUUUCGCCCAAGAUAUUGGAAAGAGAGUAACCGAGUUUUAUAUCAAAUACUAUGAGGUUCCUUUUCCACUUCCUAAAUUGGAUAUGAUUGCUAUUCCUGAUUAUGUGUCAGGUGCCACCGAACACUGGGGCUUGAUCACAUACAGAGAAACCUCAUUUUUGAUUGAUGAGGCGACUGCAUCAUCUAGAAACAAAAUCGGUGUUGCUAACACUGUUGCUCAUGAACUAGCUCACAUGUGGUUUGGAAAUUUAGUUACUAUGAAAUGGUGGGAUGAAGUCUGGUUGAAUGAAGGUUUUGCAUCAUAUAUGCAAGUGAAAUCUUUAAAUGCUAUAGAACCUUCAUGGACAAUGUUGGACCAAUUUCUAACCAGGACAUUACACUCAGUGCUAGUGAUCGACGCCAAACUUUCAAGUCAUCCUAUAGUUCAAACUGUUGAGACUCCAGACGAAAUUACUUCUAUAUUUGAUUCCAUAUCUUAUAACAAGGGUGCGUCUAUUUUAAGGAUGUUAGAAGGGUUUAUUGGAGAAGAAAAUUUCCGUAAGGGAGUGUCAGACUAUUUAAAGAAGUAUGAGUUUGGAAAUACCAUUACGAAGGAUCUACUUACAUCCCUAGAACCGUAUUUUAAUAAAAACAAUCCUGAUUUAAAUCUAAUGUAUAUAAUGGACACGUGGACGAGGCAAAUGGGUUUCCCACUUCUAAUUGUAACACCGGGUGACGAAACAAAUACUUACGUCAUCACACAAAAGCGGUUCCUCAUUGAUCCAGAGGCUGUUGUCAAACAAGAUUCGAGCAAUAAAUAUCGUUGGUUUGUCCCGGUCACAUAUGCGACUAAACAAGGUCCGAAAGAAAACAUUCUGUGGUUCCCGGAUAAUGUUGACAGUGUUACGCUGACUUUGGAAGAGGGAGAAGAUUGGUUGAAGAUAAAUAACAAUCAAGUCGGAUAUUACAGAGUAAAUUACCCGGACGAUAUGUGGCAAGGUUUAACAGAACAACUUAAGAAUAAAACCGAACAGUUUACAAUCUCAGAUCGAUCACACCUUCUUGAUGACGUUUUCGCUCUAGCAGAAGCUCAAGUGAUACCGUAUCAAACGGCUCUGAAUCUAUCCACCUACCUAAUAGUUGAAAAAGAUUUUGUACCAUGGGAAACCGCUACCUCAAUCUUCGCUAUACUUUCCGAAAAACUUUUGAAUACAACUGCUCAUGAUAAUCUACAGAAAUAUGUACAACAUUUGGUAAAGCCCUUAUACUCGAUGCAAACUUGGGAGAAAACGAAGCUAGGCGUUAUCGAAAGCUUAUUACGAACGCGAGUUUUGUCACUAUCAACGACUUAUCAAAUGUCUGAUGCCGAAGACAAGGUUAGGAAUAUAUUCCUAACGUGGUUAAAUGCGCCGAACGAGACAACGAUCGAGCCGGACUUGAGAGAUUUUGUCUAUUAUUUUGGAAUGAAAGCGGCGUCGCAAAAGGAAUGGGACAAGUUAUGGGAAAUUUAUUUGAAUGAAGAAGACGUGCAAGAGCAGACGAAACUGCGGAACGCCUUAACUGCUCCUCGAGAUAUAAAUAUAUUGAAAGGCUACCUUGCAUUGGCAUGGGAUGAAAAAUAUAUAAGAAGCCAAGACUACCUGAGCGUGUUAAACGCGAUCAGCUCGAACCCGUCCGGCUCGGCGCUCGUGUGGGAGCACGUGCGGGCGAGCUGGCCGCGGCUGGUGGAGCGGUUCACGCUCAACAGCAGGUAUCUGGGUAGCCUCAUACCGGGCAUCACGGACACCUUCAACACGGAGCUCAGGCUUCAGGAGAUGCAAGCAUUUUUCGCGCAGUACCCUGAUGCUGGGGCCGGUGAGUCAUCCCGUAUUCGCGCACUUGAAAAUGUACGAAACAACAUAAAGUGGACAAAUACACACCAGAGCGCUGUCUCGGCGUGGUUGGAAGAAAAAGUCAAUGAAUUAUAAUAAAAGCCUUAAAUAAUGUGUUCAUAAAUAUUGUAAGACUUAACGAUGAUAAAUAAAUACUUAAUAACCCAUU